AUGGACAAAUCAUGGAUGCAUGCUGAUAGGAGAUCGCGAGCUUUUGAGUUAGGAGUUGAAGAAUUGAUUAUGUUUGCAUUAGAGAGUGGUUGUGAUGUCAAUAAGGUUUGCUGUCCUUGUAUGAGAUGUGGUCAUGGUAAAUCUUGGAAGGCUAGGGUAGUAAGGGAUCAUUUGGUUGAGUUUGGUAUUGAUAAAACUUACACAAAAUGGAUAUGGCAUGGGGAACCCUCGUCAAAUGAGAGUAGCGAACCCGAAGGGAAUUCUGAAACUGUAGAAAUGGCAGGUAAUGACAUUGUGGGGGGGUCUGAUGAUCAUGAGUUUUCAGUAGACUCUGAUGAGUUUUUAAGGUUUGUUGAGGAUGGCGACAAACCUCUUUACCCUGGCUGUACGCGUUUUACCAAGUUAAAUGGACUUGUUAAAACUUACAACCUCAAAGCAAAGCAUGGGUUGAGUGAUGCUUGCUAUUCUGACAUGUUGAUAUUGAUUGGAAUAUUGCUUCCAGAAGGUAAUGAAGUGCCAAGUUCUUUUUAUGAGGCCAAAAAGAGUUUGUGUGCGUUGGGAAUGAAUUAUGAAAAGAUACAUACGUGUCCUAACGACUGUAUCUUAUACAGGGAUAGUAAUGUUGAUGCCACUAGCUGCCCUACUUGUGGUCUCUCUAGGUGGAAGUUGGGAAAGAAUAAAGUAGAAAAAGUUGGGGUUCCAGGGAAAGUGUUGUGGUAUUUUCCACCUAUACCUAGAUUUAGAAAGAUGUUUCAGUCGACUAGUACAGCUAAAAGCUUGACAUGGCAUGCUGAUGGGCGACUGAAGGAUGAUAAAAUGAGGCAUCCGGCUGACUCCCCUACUUGGAAGUUAGUGGACGAUAAGUGGCCUGCUUUUAGUUCAGAGCCUAGGAAUCUAAGGCUAGCGCUGUCGUCUGAUGGUUUCAAUCCCCACAGUUCCCUUUCUAGUAGAUAUUCUUGUUGGCCUGUCAUACUAGUGACCUACAAUCUUCCCCCAUGGCUCUGCAUGAAGAGGAAGUACAUGAUGCUCACCUUGUUAAUCUCUGGACCUAAACAGCCUGGAAAUGACAUUGAUGUCUAUCUCCAGCCCUUGAUAGAUGAUUUGAAGAUUUUGUGGGCUGGGGUUGAAGGGCAUACCAAACCUCAUAGGCUGGCUCAUGGUCAAAAGAUGUCGUAUAUGCGGCAUCGGAGAUUCUUACCACGUUACCAUCCUUAUCGAAAACAGGCAGCAGUUUUCGAUAACACUGAAGAACGUGAUCUCGCUCCUAUUCCAUUAAGUGGGCAUGAGGUGCUGCAAAGAGUAGAAGGUAUGAACUGGCCUUUUGGUAAAAAAAAACACCCUCAUCCUCCAUAUAAGGGUGCUGAAGAUGAGAGUAGACCAUGUUGGAAGAAGAAAUCUGUUUUCUUCGAACUUGAGUACUGGAAGUUUCUUCCCGUUCGACAUAAUCUUGAUGUAAUGCACAUCGAGAAAAAUGUUUGCGAUGCAUUAAUCGGUACAUUGUUGAAUAUUCCUGGGAAAACCAAAGAUGGGGUGGCUGCUCGUUGA